CCCCCCCCCCCCCCCUUUCUGAGGGUCUUUCCCGGCAGACGCCACAUGGCUGGCGGAGUCUCUGAGGAAUUAAAAGUUGGGUGAAUCCGAGGACAUGGGGAAACAUGCCGGGGGCGGGGCUCAUUUGGGCGGGGCCAUGCACGUCUCCUGUACCAGGCCUGCCCCUGCCCUCGGGGUCUCCGGUCUUAUUAAUGGGAGUGGCCACAAGGGAGUCGAUGGGCUCACAGGCCACCUCCCAGAGUGGGGGAUGACUCCUGGAGCCCUCUGGAGUCUGCGGCAGAGAAUGGAAGCCCGCAGGGGAGUGGGAGGGGCGGGGCUGCUUGCUGGGGAAGACCCCAGUGCGGAGGCUGCCUCGGACUCCCACUUGGUGACCUCGGGCACGUGCUCCGUUCUGGUUAUUCCCGUUUCAGGCGUUCACAGCAAUCACUCAGUAAAUGCUUGUUCAUUUUCCGACCAUCGCUCACUGUCCCAUGAACGAGGUCACGGCCCGCUCGGCUCCGGCAUUUGGGGGGGGGUCACAGGGCACAUCCUCGGGCACCGGGAGAGCGGCCUCUGCGCAGGCGCCCAGUCAGCGCUGACUAAGGGCCAGCUCCCCUUCAGGGAGAGGAGGAGCGCCGGGUCCGGAGUCAGGAGAAACCAAGUCCCAGGGCGGCCUGGGGAGACCUGCCUCGCUCCCUCCGCAGAGAGGCAGAAGCUGUGAAGAAAACCCGCCGGGAGCAGUCCCGGAUGCCCGCGUCGGAGAGCCGCUCUGCCGGGUGGCCAGUGCCGGGUGCGGGGCCCAGAGGGCCUUCUGCGGGCGCCCAGAGCCGCGGGCUUUGUGCAGUGGGGGCGGCAGAGGCUCCCCUUUAGGGAAGGCUGCGGGGGCGGACCCCCGGGGGCUGGCGGACCCCGCCCCCACUUCCCCCCCCCCCAUCCCCGCGGGCUGCCGCACUGGCUGCCAGAGAAGGGGCGGAGGGGAGAACUGGGGGCCGGUCAGAUGGGCGGGGCCUGGCAGGGACCCCUGGGUUGGGAGCCCGAGGGACUCGACAGUAACGGGGGCGUCUGUUUUCAAGAGGCCCUUUGUCCCGUUGUGGACCUGGCGAGCUGACCACGUCUAGGGGACUCCCAGCCCCGGCGGCCAGCGGCGGGCGGGGGAGCAUUAAAUCCCCCAGAGCGGGGAGGGGCAGAGGGGCCGGCCCCCGCCCGGGGUCAGGAUCCCGCAGAGGAGCCGGGGCAGGAGCGCUCUGAGAGGGAGGCGGGCAGCCGGGAGAGGCGCCCCCAGAGCUCCGGCCGACAGGGGGCGGGCCUGACCGGUGACGUCACCAGGCCCCGCCUCCGGAGCGGUGUCCCUCCCGGGCUGCCGUAGCCAGUUUCUGCCCCAGCCGGCAAACAUGGAAGCCGCCGAGCCGAGGCCGCCCUUGGGGUCGGCUUCUGAGAACGAAGACGAGAACAUCCUCUAUGACCUGCUGGUCAACACCGAGUGGCCGCCGGAGACGGAGGUGCAGCCCAGAGGCCCCAGGAGACACGGAGCAUCCUUUAUCAUCACCAGAGCCAUCACAGGGCCCCUGCACUUCCUGCGGCAGUACAUCUGGUGCAGCCCUACCACGUUUCUGCUCCCCGACGGACUGGUGCGCUUGGUCAACAAGCAGAUAAGCUGGCACCUGGUGCUCGCCAGCAAUGGCAAGCUGCUGGCCGCUGUUCAGGACCAGUGUGUGGAGAUCAGGUCUGCCAAGGACGACUUUACCUCCAUCAUUGGGAAGUGCCAAGUUCCCAAGGACCCCAGCCCCCAGUGGAGGCGCGUGGCCUGGAGCUACGACUGCACCCUGCUGGCGUACGCCGAGAGCACGGGCACCGUGAGGGUGUUUGACCUCAUGGGCAGCGAGCUCUUCUUCAUCCCUCCGGCGCCCGGUUCUCCGAGAGAUCUCAGCUACGCCGUUGCUGGGCUGAUCUUUUUAGAGUACAAGGCAAGUGCCCAGUGGUCCGCGGAGCUCCUGGUCAUCAACUACCGGGGAGAGCUGAGAAGUUACCUCGUGAGCGUGGGCACCAACCAGAGCUACCAGGAGAGCCACAGUUUCAGCUUCAGUGGCCACUACCCCCACGGAGUCAACACCGCCAUUUACCACCCAGGCCACAGGCUGCUGCUGGUGGGCGGCUGUGAGACCGAGGAGGCGGGCCCCUCGGAAGCCCGUGGCUGCGGCCUCUCCGCUUGGAGAGUCUUGUCCGGUUCGCCCUAUUACAAGCCGGUGAGCUGCAGCGGGGACGGCCUUGCCGUGGUACCGAAGAGACUGGGGCUGCUGAGGAUCUUCAAUGUGAAGCUUUACAGCCGACAGGGACAAGAGCAGGACGGGAUCUACAAGAUGAGCCUCUCUCCCGACGGGACGAUUCUGGCCGCCAUCCACUUCUCCGGAAAGCUGAGCUUCUGGGCCAUCCCAUCUCUCCGACAGCUCAGGGAAUGGCGCCAGGAAGAGCAGCCGGGCUAUGAUGCAAUCAACCCCAACUGGAGAUUCUCCACUGAGAAAAGGAAGAAAAUUAAAGAUAAGGAGUCCUAUUACCCGCUGAUCGACGUCAGCUGGUGGGCGGGCAACGCCGUGACCCUGGCGCGCUGCUCGGGCGCCCUGACCGUGUCCUCGGUGAAGACCCUGAAGAACUUGCUGGGGAAAUCGUGCGAGUGGUUCGAGCCCUCCCCCCAGGUGACCGCGGCCCACGACGGUGGCUUCUUGAGCCUGGAGUGUGAGGUCCGGCUGGCCGCCAAGAGGCCCCGCAUGGAGGCCCGGCCGGGGGAGGGCGAGGAGGCCGACGGGGACUCGGACUCGGAGGACGAGACGUCCGCCAGGGCCCGCUACUUCAGCUACCUGCAGCAGGGCCUCUACUUCGUGACGGAGAUGGAGCGCUUCGCCCCCCCGCGGAAGCGCCCGCGCGCCCUCACCAAGAGCUACCGUCUGGUCAGCCUGCGGUCCACCACGCCCGAGGAGCUCUACCAGCGCAAGAUCGAGAACGAGGAGUACGCGGAGGCCUUGUCUCUGGCGCAGGCCUACGGGCUGGACACGGACCUGGUCUACCAGCGGCAAUGGCGGAAGUCCAGCGUCAACGUGGCCUCGAUUCAGAACUACCUGAGCAAGAUCAAGAAGCGCGCCUGGGUUCUCCACGAGUGCCUGGAGAGAGUCCCCGAGAACGUGGAGGCCGCCAAGGAGCUGCUGCAGUACGGCCUGAAGGGCACCGACCUCGAGGCUCUUCUGGCCAUUGGCAGGGGCGAGGACGACGGCAGGUUUAUCCUGCCUGGGGAGGCCGACGUGGCCGAGGUGCCUUAUGCGGACCUGCUGUCGCCCGCGGGAGAGGCUGAAAGCGCGGAGGGCAGCGCGCCCGGGCGCCCGGAUCUCCUCCGGCUGGUGAACUUCGGGCAGCUGACGCUGGAGCAGAAGGAGCUCUGCCGCUGCCGCCUGAAGCUGCUGACCUACCUGGACCGGUUGGCCACGUACGAGGAAAUCCUGGCCGUGCCCCAGGUGGCCGAGCCCAGCUACGACCCCGAGUUCUUCAAGAGGUUCAGAAACCAGAACAUCGUCCUCUCCGCGAGAACCUACGCCCGGGAGAGCAACGUCCCGGCGCUGGGCAUCCUCUUCACCUACCACGGGGCCGAGCUGCUGGCGCACCGCCUGGCCGUGCUCUCCAACUUCCCAGAGACCACCUCUCCGCACGAGUACGCGGCCCUGCUCCCCGAAGCCCGCGUCGUUGCCGGUUCCUUGGCCAUCGUCCCGUGGCAUGAGCAGAAACACCGGGAGAAGGAUUGGUGCGAGGAGCCGCAGUGCAGGAUGGUGGUGGAGCCGAGCCCCCCCGACGAGGGGGGCUUCCUGUACGAGGCGCAGCCCGAGCUGCUGAGGUACCGCACCGCCCGCCCCUCCAUAGAGCUGGUCACCGACUGGUACUGCGCCCGGGGCCAGGAGAUCGAGCUCUAUGCCCGCCAGGUGGACUGCGCCCUGUCCCUCAUCCGCCUCGGGAUGGAGAGGAACGUUCCUGGUCUCCUGCGGCUCUGCGACGACCUGGUGACCCUGGAGACCCUGGUGUACGAGGCGGGCUGCGACCUCACCUUGACCUUGAGGGACCUCCAGCAGAUGAAGGCCAUUGACCAGCUGCGGCUCUUGAUGGACAGCUCUUCGGAGGAGAAGUACGUGACCAACGCCUACCAGUGGAUGGUCCCCCUCCUGCAUCGGUUCGAGAAGCGGUCCCCGGGCGCGGCGGGCCAGCUGCUCAAGGACUAUUUGGUGGCCGUGGCCCAGGGGGACCUCCGGCCGGCCCUGAAGAUAUUCCAGCAUUCCAAACCGGACCUUCAGCAGAAAAUCAUCCCGGACCAGGACCAGCUGAUGGAGAUCGCCCUGGACUGCAUCUAUCAUUGCGAGCGCGACGACCAGCUCUCUUGUUGCUAUGACAUUUUGGAAUGCCUUCCUCAGAGAGGAUACGGACCUAAAAGCCCGGUGACGGCCGCUCUGCAUGACAAGGUGGACCAGCUGGAGCGGAUCCUCAGCGUGUCCGAGCUCCUGGAGAAGCACGGCCUGCAGAAGCCCGUGUCCUUUGUGAAAAACACCCAGGCGCACGCGGAGGAGGCGCGCAACCUGAUGGUCCGGCUGACCAGGCACACGGGGCGCAAGCAGCCCCCGGUCAGUGAGUCCCAUUGGAAGAUGUUGCUGCAGGACAUGCUGGCCAUGCAGCGGACGGUCUACACGUGCUUGGAGCCAGAGACUUGCUAUGAGAUCUUCACAGAGAGCCUCCUGUGCUCCAGUCGCCUGGACACGUUGCACUUGGCGGGCCAGCUGAUGCAGUGCAGCGCCGGCGGGGGCCCGGGCAGCGGCCCCCCCAAGGCGAAGGCGCCCUUCAGGGUCGGCUACGAGAAGAGCGUGGCCCUGGUGCUGGCCGCCAGCCGGGAGUACUUCAACUCCUCCACCAACCUCGCCGACAGCUGCAUGGACUUGGCCAGGGCCUGCUUGCAGCUGAUCACCGAUUGUCCGCCGGCCGUUCAGGAGGAGCUGGAUCUCAUUCGCGCCCUUGGGUACCUCGAAGAGUUUGGGGUGAAGAGCCUUCCCUUGCAAGUGCGCCUGUGCCCAGACCGCCUCGGCCUCAUCAGGGAGUGCAUCGCCCAGGCCCCGACCUGCUACCGGCAGUCCGCCAAGCUCCUGGGACUGGCCGCCCUGCUCCAGGUGGCAGGGGAGGACCAUGAAGAAAGGAAGGGACAGGUUUUGGUGCUUUUGGUCCAACAAGCUCUUCAUUUCCAGGAUUACAAAGCUGCGAGCAUGCACUGUCAGGAGCUGAUGGCGGCAGGCUACUCUCCAAGCUGGGACGUCUGUAGUCAGCUGGGACAGUGUGAAAGCUUCCAGGACUUGGCCGCUCGCCAGGAGCUCAUGGCUUUUGCCCUGACACAUUGUCCUCCCAGUUCUAUCGAAUGUCUUCUGGCAGCAAGCAAUUCUCUCCAGACAGAAAUUCUUUAUCAGAGGGUGAAUUUCCAGAUGUGUCCAUCGGAAGGAGGAGAAAAUCCCAUAUUGCCGGCACAGUGUCUUAACAAGGGGCCUCUGGAGGAGGAGGCCGGGCCCCCCAGCAGCCACUCGGGGGACCUGCUGCACUGGACCACGGCCACCACCAGGAAGGUCCUCUCCAACACGGGCACGACCACCAGGGCCGUGCUGCACGCCGUCAGCGACGGGCAGUGGUGGAAGAAGUCCCUGGCGUACCUGCGGCCCUUGCAUAGCCAAGACUUCUGCGACGUUUAUGGCCGGGGCGCGGGCGCCAACGCGGACCUGGAGAAGCAGGGCUGCCAUCCCUUCUACGAGUCCCUGCUGGCCAACCCCUUUGUCUCCGAGGCCGAAGUCACCUACACCGCGUACCAGCACGCGGGCGCCGAGAGCUUCGCCGAGGUCCUGCUGCGGACGGGCAAGCUCGCGGAGACCAGGAGCGAGGGCGACGGCGGCUUCCCGACCACCGAAGUCCUCCUCCGGCUGGCCAGCGACGCUUUCCCCCACGACAUGACCCUGGCCCUGGCCUAUCUGCUCGCGCUGCCGCAGGAGGCGGACGCCAACAAGUGCUUCGAGAAGCAGGCGCCCUCGGCCCUGUGCCUGCAGCUGGCCGCCCUCUACUACAGCCUGCACGUCUACUCCCUGCUGCUCCCCUGCUUCCGGGGCAGCUGCCACCCGCUCUACAGGGCCGACCCCAGCGAGCUCAUCCGCACGGUCACCGAGUACGUGUCCGGCCUGGACGGCCGGGCCUGGCCCGAGGAGCUGGCGGGGCUGGUGCGGCAGCUGGCCUUCUACCACGGGCGGCUGCUGGACCUCACCCAGGCCCAGCUGCUCCAGGGCCUGCGCAAGGGCGUGGACGUGGCCCGCUUCGCCGCCGACGACCAGUACAAGAGGGAGACCAUCCUGGGCCUGGCCGAGACCCUGGAGAGCAACGUCUACAACGUGGCCCUCUCGCUGGCCCAGCGCUACAACGUGCCGCGCUGGGAGCUUUACAUGACCCACCUGGAGUUCCUCUUCACCGACAGCAGCUUGUCCACGGCAGAGAUCGAGGGCCGGGCCCAGGACCUCGGCCUCUUCGAGACCCUGAAGGCCGAGCCCGAGCUCUUCCACGAGCGCAUGGCCAAGUACGUGUACCCGGGCAUCGGGGGCACCGACCACGAGCGGCUGCUCUACUUCUUCAGCCUGCUGGCCGCCUGCGGCUGCCCGGCCUUCGGGAGGCCGCCCAUCCCGCCCGACACCCACGUGCGGCUGCUGAAGAAGCUGAAGGUGGUGGCGGCAGGUCUGAAUUACAAGAAGCUGACGGACGGGACGGCCCCGCCCCUGGAGGCGCUGGAGCCCGUGCUCACCAGCCACAACGUCCUCUCCAUCUCCAAGCUGGCUCCGCGGAUCCCCGAGCCCGACGGCUCCGCGCUCUCCCCCAGCUCCCUCUACACCGUCUGGUUGCAGAAGCUCUUCUGGAAGGGAGACCCUCAGCUCUGCAGGGAAGCCCCCAGGUCCGCGGCCGACUGGCUCCACGCCUACGACGCCUGCGCCAAGUACUUCGACCGCCUCCACCCGGGCGACCUCCUCGCCGUGCUGGACGCCAUGACGUUUUCUCCGAAGGCGCUGACCGAGCUGACCGUGGAUUCCCGCACGGAGAUGACCAGGAGGGCCAUCGGCACGGUCAAGCAUUUCAUCGAGAAGCGCAGGAAGAAGCACCCGGAGCGCGAUUCCGAGGACCCCACGGCCUGCGCCGGCCCCUACGAGGACGCCCUGAGACACCUGGAGCAGUCCCUGGCUCACCUGCAGACGCUGCACCACAGCUUCGUCGCCUCCCUGAGGAGCAGCGAGCAGGACGCGCUGCAGCGCUACGCCGACCGCUACGACCUCUCCCGGUCCGAGAGGGCCAAGGUCGAGGAGCAGGCCGUCGCCAUGUGUCUGGACGGGCAGCCGCUAGCCAUGGUGCAGCAGCUGCUGGAGGUGGCCGUCGGCCCCUUGGACCUCACCGCCAAGAUGGUCGUCCGCGGCGCAGUCGGGCGCGUGCUGUCCCUGCUGAGUGGCGGAAGCCCUGACCCGCCAGUGCCCAGUGACCCGCCAGUGCCCGGCGACCCGCUGCAGGUCCUGGAGAGCAUCAUUUCUUCGGUGCACGCAAGUGUGGAGAAGGGGGAAAACCUCCUCUCGUCCGAUGACCUGCUGGAGUGGUUCCGGCCCUUCUGCGCCGACGACACCUUGCCCGUCAAGCCGCGGGUCCAGGUCUUGCAGAGCAUGGAGCGCUCCUUCCGUCUCUCUGACGAGGACAGAAAGCUCCUGGUCUUCUUCCGCACAGAGGCCAUUCUCAAGGCCACCUGGCCCCAGACACAGGUCUCCGUCGCCGACAUUGAGAGCGAGCAGGGACGUUCCGCCCUCUUCUUGGGCCUCCUGGAGGCCAGUCACGAGCGCGUGGAGUUUCAGCACCUGGCGCUGCUCCUGCAGGCCUGGCCUCCCAUGAAGAGCCUGAGCCCGAGCGGCCAGGACCGCGGCCCAUGGGUGGAGCUGGCGGCCGUGAUGCUGUCCCGGUGCACGGCGGAGAACAAGGAGGCGCUGGGCCAGGACGUGCUGGCGCUCUGCCGCUCUCUAUACCGUACCCCGCAGAUGCUCCCGCCGGAGUGUGUGAAGGAGCUGGCUUUGCUGCUGCUCAACCAGAGCCUCCUGCUCCCAGCCCUGAAGCUGCUGCUGGAAAGCCGGGACGCAGACCUGCAAGCCCUGGCCCUGGAGCAGAUCGCAGCCGUGGCCCAGGUGGAUGACUCCAGCUGUGACCCCGAGCUCCUCUCCCUGCUCCUGGACGCCAAGUUGGCGGUGAGAUGCAUUUCCACUCCCUUUUUUCGGCCCCUCGUCGACCACCUCUUGGCCCACCAGAGAGACGGUUCCUGGUCCGUGGACGAGACGGCGCGUCAGCUGCGGGAGGCGGGCCACAGCGUGGAGGCUGGCUCGCUGCUGCUGGCCUCGCGGGGGGUCUACAGCGCCCUUCGCACCUUCAGCGCCGCCCUCGGCGCUGCCCAGGACUGGGUAUGAAGCUUUCCCUCGGGCCUCUGCCCGCCCGUGGCCAAUGGAGCAAUUCUCUGCGAGACAAACCCUGCGGCCAGAAACUGUGCAGUCCUUUUCCUUGCCCCGUCCCUGCCCUCCCCAAGCCCUGCAAAUAAAGCUGGAUGUCCCCAGUGAGCUGGGAUGGUCA